AUGGGCAAAACCAAGCGAAGAUCACCGCGUUCGUUCCGCUCGGACGAGCAAUGCGAGUGCGCGGUCUGCGGUCGGCUCACACGUGCCUAUUUCUACAAGCUCUACGUUUGUUGCGCCUGUACGAUGUUCUACCGAAGGUAAGAGGAUUAAGGGCGCGUCGACCCGGGAAAAUUGUAACAUUUUGUUUGGAAAACAUAGCGUUUAUAAUACAAAAAUUAAAGUUUGUGACGAGAAUACGACUGAAACACCAGUCAAAUGGAUUACAGCUUGUUUAUCCACAAAAUUUCAGAAACUUCCGAUCAUACCCUCGAGCGCAAUGCCGUUUCAAGGACGAGAAUUGCAACCUGAAGUCGGGACCUCGCCGCUUUUGCCUGCGCUGUCGUCUCAGCGCCUGCCGAGAGCUGGGCCUUCGCAUGUGGGGCAAGAACUUGGUGGUGCAGGCCAACGGAAUGCCGGCUGACGAUAUUCCGGAAGAAAAGUUGGAGGUAAUCCCGAUUGAACAAGACCUGGAAAUGAUGAGCAUGGACAAUUCGCAUGACUACAUUUGCUCGCCGGCUUCUUCCAGCAGCUCCGGCUACAGUAGCUCGAGUUCGACGAUGUGCGAAGAGCUGUUUGUGGGAGAGGAUCCGCUGCAAUUUUUGAAUCAAAAAUCUGUCGAGCUGCCGUGCUUGAAGUAAGUGUCCAUUCUCUAGAUUACAAGUCUCUCUUUCACAGGAAAAUCACCGACCUCUUUCGGCAAUUUGAUGAUCAACAAAAGUUCUUGUCGACCUUCCAACAAAAGGCCGAGAUCUUCGAUUAUGCUGAAGAAAAUUUGGUCUACAUGGACCAGGUUCAAUAUAAAGAACUGGAGAUAAAAGUGUCAAGAGCGGCCGCCGUUUUGGUAGCUCAAUUUCUCAGCGAGUUCGAGCUGGAGGAUGAGGAUGCCUUGGCGAUUGUAAAGAGUGUUAUUGGACAGAUCUCGUUCCUACACAAAAUUCAACACACAAUACGGCAAUUCCCCAACAAAAGCUCAAACAUUUCACUGUUCAGCGGAUAUUACAGCGAUCUUACGAACCUGGAAGACUACUUUGCGGAUAUUGCGGACACUGUAAGUUAAUUGGCGAAGUGCAACAUACGAUGACAUAAGCUUUAUAGUAUAUAUUUAGCAAUAUGUAUUUUGCUUUCAGUGUUCGUAUCAACACGUUGCAAACUCCCUCCGAGUCUUCAUCAGUCAUUUCUAUAGCCUGCUGGAUGAAUGUCGAAUGCUUCAAGUGCAUCCAGUCGAGAUCUCUUACCUUAUCGGGAAAUCUAUCGCAGAGGAAUGUAAGCAUACCCAAAUUAUCACCCGUUUUUUGAACAAAAAUACUUUCAACUUUUGUAGUUUUUUUUGCAAAUUACAGUAAUCCUUUUCAGUAGGCACCUCGCUGUCAGCCACAACAUUUGCCAACAACCUCUCCAGCGAGUUCUUCCAAUAUUUGGACAUCAAUUUCUACACCAGUGAGCGAUUUUUGUCGAUUACUGCGUUCGGAAAUGGAGUCAAAAACCUGCUCAAGACCUACAGACAGGCCGUGGAAGAGAUCUCAGCAAUCUCUGACGAUCUGAUGGUCCCAUUGAAUGGGAAUUUAUCCGACAGGGAGCUUCUCAAUUAUGUGAAUUUGUACAGAUAUCCCCGAUGA